AUGCCUGUGCGAGGAAUCAAAGCGGUCACGACUGCCAGGAACGGUGUCGGUGCCUUCAUCCUACAAUGCAAACGCCUUGACUUCCACUACUGCAAUUAUGGUGGCAGCUCAAGAGGAAUGCUGAACUUCCUUACGGAAACCCUUCCCGCUUUUGCUCGCGAAAACCCUCAGGUUGAGAUCCACGUUUCCCCACGACAUUCGAAGCACCCUAUGAUCAAAGGCCACUAUAUCAAUGGUCGAGAGAAGGCAAUCUGUGUGCGAAAUAUGGAGCCUACUGAAAUCCUGAAGAAAGCCAUGAUCCUCAAGGAUGCAAGUGGAGAGAAGCUGAAGUCGCAGAAGAAGCCAAUAACAAGUCUGAACGAGAGUGUGCGUGGUAUUUGGUCACCAUAUCAUGGUGAUCUGCGUGGUGUAUAA